GACAGAGCUAGUGGGUAGGUUGUGGCGUUACGCUUCCCUUUGCUGCGAUGGUAUCACCAGUAGCCGCCACCUCCUCCGGUGGGCGAUCCUCCUUCGCCGGCUUCUGGUCAUCCGCUCGACGCCGUAAAUCCAUAGGGGUUCCGUCUGAUGGAUCGGACAACAGCGGGGGCCUCGUCCGGAGCCUCGGCCUUUUCGAUCUUAUUCUACUCGGCAUCGGCGCUUCCAUCGGCGCCGGGAUCUUCGUUGUCACUGGGACGGUCGCUCACGAUGCCGGCCCGGGUGUUACAGUUAGCUUUGCUCUUGCUGGAGCUGCAUGUGUACUAAAUGCCUUGUGUUAUGCGGAACUAUCCUCCCGUUUCCCUGCAGUGGUUGGUGGAGCAUACCUAUACACAUAUGCUGCAUUUAACGAACUCACUGCCUUUCUAGUUUUUACCCAGCUAAUGCUGGACUAUCAUAUAGGCGCUGCAAGUAUUGCCCGCAGUUUAGCUAGUUACUUUGUAUCCCUCUUGGAACUUCUUCCUUUUUUCAAGGGGCAUUUUCCUAGUUGGAUUGGGCAUGGGGGAAUAGAGUUUUUUGGAGGAGUUGUGUCUAUUAACAUAUUGGCUCCCAUCCUUUUGGUUAUUUUAACUGUAAUUCUCAGCUGUGGCGUCAAGGAAUCAUCAGUGGUGAACUCUUUUAUGACUGCAACGAAGGUAGUCAUUGUCAUUAUUGUGAUAUUUGCUGGUGCUUUUGAAGUGGAUAUAUCAAAUUGGUCCCCAUUUGCCCCAAAUGGUUUUAAAGCAAUUGUCACAGGAGCAACAGUUGUAUUCUUCUCUUAUGUUGGAUUUGAUGCUGUGGCCAACUCUGCUGAAGAAUCAAAAAAACCCCAGAGGGAUUUGCCUAUUGGCAUUCUAGCAAGCCUUCUAGUAUGUGCAAUGCUCUAUGUUGCCGUCUGCUUAGUAAUAACCGGAAUGGUUCCAUACCAAUUUCUUGGUGAGGAAGCCCCUUUAGCUGAGGCAUUUACUGCUAAAGGUUUGAAAUUUGUUACUGUGUUAAUCAGCAUUGGAGCUGUGGCUGGCCUCACUACAACCCUUCUUGUUGGUUUAUAUGUUCAGUCCCGCUUGUAUCUUGGGCUUGCAAGGGAUGGCUUGCUCCCAGCUAUUUUUUCUAAGGUGCAUCUAGUGCGCCAUACUCCUAUCCAUUCUCAGGUCUGGGUUGGUAUUGUUGCCACUAUUAUGGCUGGUUUGUUUAAUGUUCAUCAGUUGUCUCACAUUCUCUCAGUUGGUACCCUGACUGGCUAUUCAGUUGUUUCAGCAUGUGUAAUAACACUUCGACGGAAGGACAAAGUGACCAAUCAAGUUUCUCAAAAAUAUAUUACUUCUCAAUCUGAAGGCACUAUUUGUCUUGUUGCAAUUGCUUUCUGUGGUUUUAUUGCUGGACUGUGCUACCGCUUCAAUGCCUCGAUUAUUCUUAUGAUAUUUGCUAUAAUAAUAGCAGUUCUUGGAGCAGCUGCUCUACAGUUCCGACAAGAUUACGCAGAUCCCCCUGGCUUCUCUUGUCCCGCGGUUCCUGUUAUCCCUAUUGUUUCUGUUUUCUUCAAUAUGUUCUUGUUUGCACAGCUUCAUGAAGAAGCAUGGUUCAGAUUCAUCAUAGUCAGCUUGAUCGCAAUUGUGAUGUAUGCCUUCUAUGGUCAGUAUCAUGCUAACCCGGUGAGUUCAGAACACUCACACGCCUAUCAUGGUAUUCCUUCUUCUGAAGCAGCCUAGAGAUGGUCAUUCUUUGGUAUAUGAUCCAACAUGUAAUGCCAGACCGAGCUCUGAUAAGGAGAUUUAACCUCAAUUCUCAAUUAUGCUCCCAACAUUGUUCUCUGUAAGCACGCAGGCGCAGGCACUGGCCCUGGUGUUUAUAUUAAAUAUUUAUACUCGAUAAUUUAUCGAACAUAUGAAUAUUGAUUGUUUUUCAUUUGUAAUACUAAAUAAGGGUGAUAGUUUAAAGGUAGCUGAAAGUAUUAUGCUUCAUGAGCUAAUGAGUUGUUAUUAACUCUUUUCUUCUUCUGUGGCAGGCGAAUGAUGCCAACUCUGUCUGAUCACUCGUUUACUGAUUCAAAGAGUGUUAGUUUUUGAUACUUGCAUCAUUGUGUUUUGUUUUAUUUUCCUUAUAAUUCUUUUAUUAAUUCAGUCGAUAAAUGCUGCAACCUCUUCAUGGGGACUUCCAAUGCUACAUAGCCCAAAGGCACAGGCACAAUAGUGGAAUUGUUUCAUGGAUUAAUGAUGUCUUUUUCUUUUUCAGUGAUGAAUGUAUUGUCUAGCUAGUUUGAUUUUGUUUCUCACAUUUAAGACCUUAUGAAUGGGUUCUUUCUUUCA